AAGAUGGGCAAGGAAAUAGGGAUGAUUGUUGGUGUAAUUGCAAGUAUUUUGUUGCUGAACAAUGUCAUCAUCUCAAGUGAAGGUUUGACCAAAGAGGAACAGAAGCUGAUAUAUGUUGCUGCCAAGGUUCUGUGCCAGGACUGCAAUGGGGAUUGGAUUAAUGGAGCUAAGCCUAUUGAAGGGUCCAGUGUAUCCAUAUUGUGCAUGGAUGAUGCAAACAAAAAGGUGGUGUACAGGGGAAGCAACAAAACGAACAAAAAGGGCGAGUUCGGAAUAAUCUUAAACCAGAAAUCUAUCAAUGGAAAAGAUAUUAUUAAGCCAGAAUUAUGCACGGUUAAGCUUGAAUCGUCACCGAAUCCAGACUGUUACAUUCCUACAGAUUUUGGAGGAGGCAGGCUAGGGGUGAAGUUGAAUAGUGUGCGUCCUUCAUUCGAUCAACUCCGGCCCAACGUUACAAAGUACAGACUUGGACCUUUCUCAUACACAACUCCUCUUUGUGACGAAAUUGAUACUUCGUAACACCAAACAUACUGCAGAAUCAGCAUCCAAGUGCUAAUUGCUACUGCAAAUUAGAAUGUAAAUGCAUUUAUUUCUUGUUCAUUUUCUAGAUAGUUUCAAUGAAAUGGUUGAACUAA